UUACAUCCAUUGUGGUGGACACUAGUAUUGUUCCUCUCACCUAAUGGAUUACUGAGUAACCAUGAUUUAUUUAUUCAUUAUCUUUUUCGAGCUGAGAUGUGUAGUGUUGAAAAUUUAUAUAGUAAUGGUGAUUAAUUUGUCUUUUGUGGGCAAGAUAAAAGGGCAUAUUCAUGCAGGAUUUCCAAUAGAAUACUUUUUAGCAUAGUAAAGUUUGCACUCCAAGUAUUUAGUGCUGUAGGGUAGUUUCACCUGCAAGCUAAGUUUACCAACAAGCUCUCCAACCAUCAUCUCUCACCCAAAAAAUGGCCUGCUAUCGUGAUGAAAGCUCACCAAAUCCUUCCAAGAGAUGCAGCAAAUGCCUUUCCUCGACUUUGAAGGAUGCAUUUGCUAACUGCCAUGGUUUAUGCUGCAAGUUCUCUACUUCCAGACUGGAAACAGAAGAAGAAGAAGAAGAAGCUCUAACCAGUGAUUACGAUGAAGAUGAAGAAUUUGUCUCGGCAGUUAUAAGCAAAUACCUGGAAUCAAAAUUGAGGCAGAAGAUGAGCCUUACCAGCUCGGAGAAUUUCUGCUGCGAUUUCUCCCCCGCUGCCGGAGAUUUGUUCAUCCCUGCAAAGGCAAUAAUGCAACAGAAGCUGCAGGGAAAUAAUGGUGAAGAAAGAGAGGAGUUUGUGUCUGUUGGCAGCCAUUUCUCUCACUCCUCAAGCUCUACUAGCGGCAGCAUGGAGGCAUUUGUGUCGGCCAAGACGAGCUUUUCCCGGUGUUCGAGCUUGAGCAGGAUCGAUUUCCCAGAUUUCUGGAGGCCGGGCUCCAACAUUCUGCAGUUUACUCAGUGCGAAGGAUGGCCGUUUGGUCUUUGCCGCCGGCGGGCUUUGUUGCUUCCACCUCCGCCCAAAUCUCCGUCUGAUUCUUGGAAGUGGCGCAAGACUGCUGGAUUCAUCAAGUUACAUUGAAAUGUUCAUCUUAUUCCGGCUUUAGCUGUGAAACAAUCUUAAAUCUUCAGUCAACUGUCUCACUCAA